UCCCGCCUGCAGCCGCCGCGAUGCUGCUGCCCCGGGUGGGUGGUGUUGCGGGCCGGGUCUCGCCGCCCCUGGCCGCUCUGUCCCAGGUGCUGCGGCUGGAGCGGAGCCGCCGCACCGCGAUCGUGUUCCCGCUGCAGAAGCUGGAGCGGUACCUGGCGCCCGGCACCGACACGGCGCCGUUCCGCCUCUUCCAGCCCGGGCUGGCCACCCUGCAGCGCGCCGAGGCGCUCUUCAGGUCCGACCGCGGGCACCCCAUCGACUACGUGAGCUCCGCCGUGCGCAUGGACCAUGCCCCACCGCCGGCCCUGCCCGAGGUGUGCUUCAUCGGCCGAAGCAAUGUAGGGAAAUCAUCUUUAAUCCGGGCCUUGUUUUCACUGGCUCCAGAAGUGGAAGUUAGAGUGUCAAAAACUCCGGGCCACACCAAGAAGAUGAAUUUCUUCAAAGUAGGGAAGUACUUUACUCUGGUGGAUAUGCCAGGAUAUGGCUAUCGCGCCCCGCAGGACUUUGUUCAGAUGGUGGAGGCCUAUCUGCAGGAACGGCACAACUUGAAGAGGACUUUCCUAUUAGUUGAUGGUGUAGUUGGACUCCAGAAAACAGAUCAUAUUGCAGUAGAGAUGCUGGAGGAGUUUGGGAUUCCUUAUGUGAUGGUGUUAACCAAAAUUGACCGAGCAUCCAGGGGAUUAUUGUUAAAGAAUGUACUGGAGAUCCAGGAGUUUGUAAAGGAGAACACACAGGGAUGCUUUCCUCAGCUGUUCCUGGUCAGUUCUGUGGAGUUCUCGGGGGUUCACUUGCUCAGGUGUUUUGUAGCCCAUGUUACUGGAAACCUGCCCACUGUAGAGGCCAGCUGAAAAGACCUGCUGAUCUGCUUGGCUCAUCAGGAACAAAAGUAGGUGCAGCAGGAUAGCAUGCCUUGCUUGCAGACAUUGAGUUGUCCCUGUUCUGCAAGGAUGAAGGAAAGAACACAUCUUUUAUGGGAUCUGCUUUUCUAGGAGUGUUGGCUUGAAACAGAGUGGAAUAAAAGACUGACAUCUAGAGGAGCCCUAUCCUGCACACUGUCAUGAGUCAGUGCUGCAUCUACCUUCUGUUUUGAGAUCCAGCAUGAAUUUCUGCAGCUCCACGUGGAUGAAAUGCCAGAUCUGAGGCACAUCAUCCAUGAUCUGUAUCAGCUCUACCCUGGCAGCUGAAGCACAACACUGAUGUGUCCUGUACACUUUAGGGGAACUGCUUCCCACAGCAGCUGUGUCUGUCUAAGAGCACUCCAAACUGUCCAGUUACAAGGCAGAACUGGACAAAAGGACAGCCGUCAAUAGCAGCACUCAUACAGGAGAACUGAGUCUGAAGCUAUGAAGUGCCUGUGUCAAACCCUGGCACUCAGUCUUUGCUAUGUCUUAAUGUGGCCAAGGCUGGUUAUGCAGUUGUCAGUUACUUGCAUUAAGUGUUUAAACCUCAAGAAAGGAAAGUGCUUUUCUAAAUAACUCUGACAGUGCAAAAGGACUAGAAAUACCACUUUCUUUCACUGUGCAAUUUCUUGUAACGCACUAGACACGAGACAAGAUCUGUUUUCAGCAUACAUGUAGGAACAGGAGCAUGUGAUGAAUGCAGUAAAUGUGUCUCUCUAGCUUCUGCAUCUUAGUGAUCAAACUUGUAAUUCUGUAAUCCUAAAAUGCUGCAGGGCAAACCAGCCAAGAGAUGCAUGAUCCUAGAAAUGGAGUAGUGGCUAUACAGAUGAAACAGGUGAAAGUGAACACUUCAGGAAGGGCCUUUUUGUGGAAUCUUUAAACCACAAUCUUCCAGAAACAUCAAUCUUGUCAAGGCUGUAAUUUUCAGGGCCUCAGCCUUGACUGAAGAGCCUCUGAAAAUAACCCUGAAUUUGCAAAAAAGUGCAGUUCUAGUUUAAGUCCUUCCUCAGAACAAAACCCCUUAAAUUUCAUUACAACCCCUUACAAUGCUAGGAAGUCUUUUACUAAUCGCUUAAAUACAUUAAAUAUGUCCUGUUAAUCCAUUUGUACAAACAAACUGGAUGUGUGUGCAUGGAACAUUAGGUACCAUCUUCUCCAGAAGAACCAGUUUUACCUCCAGACACAUCUUGGUUUUAUUCAGAAGUGCUUCAGAUACUGGAAUAACUCCUGCAUUUUGGUCAGCCAUUUGCAGGAGCCAAUACUGCAGUUUGAUUCUUGAGUGUGACAAUGCCCCUGUGACAAAACAGUAAAUAAAAUCAAGUCCUCUCCCUAAAGAGUAAAA